AUGUAUUAAUAUUCGUUGAUAAUCACGUUAAUUUGCGUUUGUAAUAGUAAGUCCAAUAUAAAAUUAUUUUCAUUUUUAAGAGGGGUGGAUGUAAUUAUAGUGGUAAAUAUUUUUUGUCAAACAAUAAUAAAUAUUCAUAUUUUUUACAAAAGCAACACCCCCAACUGUUCCUCCCGAAACUACCGACACUACACCUUCCGAUUCUCCUCCUACACCAAAACCACCAAAACCAUCAAAACCAUCGAAACCAUCAAAACCAUCAAAACCAUCAUCAUCACAAACGCCAUCGUCGCAAACACCAUCGUCUCACACACCAUCAACACAUUCCCCCAAACCAACUACAUCGUCUACUUAAAAUUGCAAUACAUCAACAACUUCAUCAACAACUUCAACAACAACUUCAACAACAACUUCAACAACAACUUCAGCAACAACUUCAACAACAGCUUCAACAACAACUUCAACAACAGUUUCAACAACAGCUUCAACAACAGCUUCAACAACACUUCAACAACAGCUUCAACAACAACUCCAACAACAGCUUCAACAACAGCUUCAACAACAACUCCAACAACAGCUUCAACAACAACUCCAACAACAAGCGCUACAGAGCCUGUAGCAAUAGCUGCUGCAGCAGCCCUUCCAAUAUCAGUAACUAUAAGUGAAGGAAGCAAUCAACGUACUGAUCGUGAUUAUGAUUUGAGUAUAGAAGGAGUUAUUACCUAUGCCUACUCUUCAACCGAUAAAGCACCCGUAGACACAAUACUGACACAACAGGCACAUUCAACAGAUGAACCGAUGCCUUCGCCACUUGGAGUUGUUCCUUCUGGUGUUGGUGUUGGUGUUGGUGUUGGUGCUGGUGUUGGUGUUGGUGCUGGUGCUGGUGUUGGUGUUGGUGCUGGUGGUGGUGCUUGUGUUGGUGCUGGUGCUGGUGUUGGUGCUGGUGCUGGUGCUGGUGCUGGUGCUGGUGCUGGAGCUGGUGCUGGUGCUGGUGCUGGUGCUGGUACUGGUGCUGGUGCUGGUGUUGGUAUUGGGAUUGGGAUUGGUGCUGGUGUUGGGAUUAUUAAUUUUGGUGUUGUUUCUAGUGUAGGUACUGUUGCGUUACAUUUCAUCUGGUGUGUAAUCUGGGUCGGGAAGAGUGAUGGGGGGGCCGCGUGUAGUUUUUCUAGUUCGAGUUCGAGUAGUUGCUCGAGUUCGAGUAGUUGUUCGAGUUCGAGUAGUUGCUCGAGUUCGAGUAGUUGUUCGAGUUCGAGUAGUUGCUCGAGUUCGAGUAGUUGUUCGAGUUCGAGUAGUUGUUCGAGUUCGAGUAGUUGUUCGAGUUCCAGUAGUUGUUCGAGUUCCAGUGGUUGUUCGAGUUCCAGUAGUUGUUCGAGUUCCAGAAGUUGGUCGCGUUCGAGUUGGACAUUUUGGAGUUGGACAUGUUGGAGUUGGACAUUUUGGAGUUGGACAUUUUGGAGUUGCAGCAUCCAAUCAUCAUCCAACAUACGCGGCGCUUUCCUGGUUCUCUGUUGGAUAUAUGAUUUUCAUUUGGAUGACGACAUUUGUAUGGUUGGCGGCAAGGAAAUUUUGGAUUACAUGGUUGUGGUGGUUGAGCAUUUACGCGAACAUUAA